AAAAAGAAGAGAAAGAGAGAACCAAAAAAAAGAAAAAAAAAGAAAAAGAAUACAAAGAAAAAAAAACAAGAAAAAAAAAAAAAAAAAACAACAAAGAAACAGAAACAAGACAAAAAAAAAAGAGCAAAA